AUGUCAGGCGACAAGGAUAAGGGCCCGGUGAACGUGAAGCUGCUUCUCAUUGGGAACUCGUCAGUGGGGAAGAGCAGUCUGCUCUUGCGGUUCUCGGACGAGCAGUGGUUGCCAGAGGAUGAGUCGAGCGCAACCAUUGGCGUCGACUUCAGGGUACACAAGAUGGAGGUCAAGGGGCGGAGGGUGAAGCUCAGCAUAUGGGACACUGCGGGCCAGGAGAGGUUCCGGACGAUCACCUCGUCGUACUACCGAGGCGCGCAGGGCAUCAUCCUCGUGUACGACGUCGCGAACCGCGAGUCGUUCGAUGCGCUUCCGCGGUGGUACUCGGAGUUGGAGACCUACGUGUCGAAGUCGGUGGUGAAGAUCAUCGUUGGGAACAAGGUGGACAAGGAGUUCUCCCGGCAAGUGACGUACGCGGAAGGGCAGCGUUUCGCUGAGCGGAUGAACUCGCUCUUCAUCGAGGCAUCCGCAAAGACGUCCACCGGCGUCCAGGAGGCGUUCCAGCAGGUGGUCGAGCGGAUCCUUGACACGCCAGAGCUCUGGGCUCCUGCGAUGAAGAAGGGCGUCGGCCUGAAUAGCACGGACGGCGGGAGCAUGCCUGGCAGUAUCAACCUUUCGGAGACGGAAGGCAACGCCAACGAGGGCGGUGGAUGUAGCUGCUGA